AUGGCCCUAAUGCUAGUCGGCUUGUUGAAAGUCUUCUCGGCACUCGUUUUGAUCGUGUCCACAUCGAGCAAUUCGUUGCUACUGCUAGUGUUCUACCGCCGACCUGGUCUGCGCACCCUAUCAAACAGAUUCGUGAUGAAUUUGUUGGUGACGAAUUUGGCGAGCAGUUGGAUACUGGUGCCGUUAACGUUGUGGGAAAGCGGCCCAUUCAGUGACUGGGCACCUCCGCUUCCGGCGGCCGUGUGGCACGGGCUAACCGGGGCUGUAUACACGCAGUCCGUGCUGUCCGUGAUGACGGUGGCCGUGGAUCAGUACUACGCGGUCACCGACCCUCUGCGGUAUCACGUGACGGUAAAUGCGGCCAGCUGCGCGGUGGCCGUGGCUCUUACGUGGUGCCUGUCUGCCGUGGCCGGCGCCCUGUCGGCCUUCCGCGAACUGUCCGUUGCGCCGGAAAUGUAUCGAUACGCGUUUCCCGUUGCAUACUCCGUGCUCCUGUACGUCGUUCCGUUCGUUACCGUGUGCGUAGUGUACGUGAAGAUAUGUACGGCCGCGCACCGGAACAGCGAACGGGCCAGACGCAACGGGUCCGUGCCCGACCACUUGCAGCAGCAACAACAGCCGCUUCAGCAGCCACAGCAGCAGCAGCAGCAACAGCAACAACCGUUUCAACAACAGCAACAACAGCUGCAGUACAAUAACAACAACAACAAUAAUAACAACAUCAACAACAACGAGUAUAACAUAGUUCCUACCAUUCAAGAAGAGGAUGACGAGACGUUAGAGUCCGCUUCCCUACAGGCGGCGGUCUCCUACGAACCUGAGGCAUCGUCCAAACCACCUCAGUCCACCCGGGCUAGUCUGAAGAGCACGUCCAGUUCCAUUGUAAACCAUUUGAGAUACAGGAUAUCGAACGCGAGCAUGUUCCGUUACCGGGAGGAGACGCGGGCGGCCAAGAUAUCCGCCCUAGUCAUCGUCACGGCAGCCGCAUGCUGGACGCCGUACGCGGUGCUCAAGCUGUCAGAGUGGCCGCCGCUGUCUGGCGGCGGGAUCCCGUCGCCGGGCCCGCUGGCUGCACUCCUGUCGCUGUCCGCGCACGCCGUCAUCACACCAAUACUGUUCGCGCAUCGAAACCGGCGUGUGCACCGCGAACUCUGCCGCAUAUUCUGCCGGCGGAAGCGGUGCAGCAGCUUCUACGACAACGUCCGGAACGCGACCGUCGCGUCGUCCGUGGCCGCGGGGCCCGUCAAGUCGGGGGCCACCGUCGGCGGUGCCAAUCCCGGCGGCCCGAAACACGUUUUCGGCCGGUGGUUCGGCAGCGGGUCGGGCGGCAUCGGGUUCGGCAAGUCGGCCACGCAGCCGUCUGCCGUCCCAUCAUCCGUAGUUGUGCCCACCGCCGCGCACUUGCCCACCGACACCGAGAUGACGCGCAGCUCGUUCUCCAGCAAUGGUAGCACUACCACGCAGACGUCGUCGGUGAUUACGGUGGACUGA